CACCAUAUGGACGGUAAAGAUUAUAAAAACAAAUCAUUGGAGAGUUUUAAUAAUGUGAGUGUUAUACCGCGUAGACACAACAACAGUGUUCAAGUUGGCUUAUAUAAAUAUUGGUCUAGAGUAUGCCAUAUAGAUUCCCAUAAAACAAGACUGAGAAGUAACUUUUCUAUACACAGAGAGAGAAGAAAGAUAGAGAACGAGAGAUGAAGAAUGUUCAAGCUGAAUACCGUAAAGGACCGUGGACAGAACAAGAGGACAUCCUCUUGGUCAACUUUGUCCACAUGUUCGGAGAUCGAAGAUGGGAUUUUGUAGCGAAAGUUUCAGGUUUGAAGGUGGAGGGAGAAACAUAGGAAUAGGUAUAGGGCUUGUGUUUGGAAAAAUGGUUGGUCUUUGCAAAGGACCUUCCAUUAAAAGAUAUGACCUGGUUUUGGUUGUAGGUUUAAAUAGAACAGGAAAGAGUUGCAGGUUAAGGUGGGUUAAUUACCUACAUCCUGGUCUUAAACGUGGUAAGAUGACUCCUGAAGAAGAGCGUCUUGUCCUUGAGCUUCACGCCAAAUGGGGAAACAGGUGGUCGAAAAUAGCCCGGAAAUUACCGGGUCGUACCGAUAAUGAGAUAAAGAAUUAUUGGAGGACUCAUAUGAGGAAGAUAGCACAAGAGAAGAAGAGACCUAUGUCGCCAACUUCAUCAUCUUCAAACUUCUGCUCAUCAUCUAUGACCACCGCAACUACUCAAGACACUGGAGGAUCCAAAGGGAAAAUGAAUCACGACGGAUACUACUCUAUGGAUGACAUAUGGAGAGAGAUUGAUCAGUCUGGAGAAAGCAUUACCAAACCGGUGAAAGACAUCUACUACUCAGAGCAAAGCUGCUACUUGAACUUCCCUCCUCUGGCUUCUCCAGCAUGGGAAAGCUCCUUGGAGUCUAUAUGGAAUAUGGAUGCAGAUGAAAGUAAGAUAUCUUCUUUUGCCAUUGAUCAGUUUCCUCUCACUUUUGAACAUGGUAGAUCUUCGUGGUCGUCUUUAGUCUAGGAUUUGUAACACUUUAAUGUUUAUAUGUGCAGCCUAUAUAUAUUAUCAAACGACUGUUGUAAUUUUCCAUGACUUACAUAAGCAAACACCACCCACUGUACUAAUAUCAUGUGUAGUCAUCAUCAUCAUCAUCCUAUGUCGUUUCCUUCAUAUAUGUUAGUUUGUAGAGUGCGUGAAAAAAAUCAUAUACAUCUCUUAUUCUUACAGAGAUGCCUUUGUAUUGGAUACUAAUGUAUAAUACAAGUCAGGACUCUAUUUCCAAAA